UGCAUUGGUCGCUUCCUGUGUGUGUUGUAAGCUGGAGACGGUGAAGGAUACAGGGCAGAUAUAUGCAGAGGAUGCUUUUAAGGAUUUGUACAUAUUUGUGAAUGCGGUUUUCCAAAUGGAAGAGACAAAAGAGAGCUUAGCAUUCAAAGGUGUUGCCGAGAGGUUGACGCUUGGCAUUACUCGAAUACUCGAGAACAUGCCUGGUGUGGUCGAUGUGCGUUUUGUGGAGAGGGAGCCUGCAGAGAAGAGGAGCUUGCUGUCAUGGGAGCAGAAAAACACUUGUAUUUUGCCAGAGGACCUGCGAGAUUUCUAUCUGACAACUGAUGGAUUUACACUAACCUGGAGUGUUAAACUAGACAAUGAGUGUGUUCCCCUAGGGUGCAUGAUGAUUAACAGUGUGGCCAGGCUGUGCCCACUCCUCCAACCAGUAUCAUUAUUCUCUCUACCCAAUGCACCCUCGCUGGCUGACCUGGACUGGGAGGAGAACAACACAGAAAGCGGGAUGGGGCACGCUCCCGCUGCACCCCAUUUUGACUCCCGGAGCCGCAUCUUUGAGCUGGAUUCCUGCAGUGGGAAUGGAAAAGUGUGUCUGGUCUACAAAAACUGCACCCCAGGUGUGGUUGCCCAGCAGAGUGAAAUUUGGUUCCUUGACCGCUCGUUGUGUUGGCAUUUCCUGACAGCUACGUUCACCUCCUACUACCGGCUGAUGAUCACCCACCUGGGUCUGCCUGAGUGGCAGUAUGCCUUCACCCCAUAUGGCCCUAGCCCCCAGGCCAAGCAGUGGGCAUCGCUGUACCAGCCACUGACUUUCAGCAGUGAGCUCAGCUUGGCUGAUCCUGUCGGAGAUUCCCAUCUCAACAAGCUGGAUCCUACAAAGGCCUUCAGAGGCAAAGCUAAGGUACCCGUGCCCAAGAAGAAGCAGUCGACACAGUGCAGCUCAGGGAAUACUGCAAAGAGCCAAGGCAGCACAGGAAGACACAGUGGGGGAAAGCGGUGA